AUGGCGGAUCCUUUCGAGGUCCGCAUGCGCUUCAGCUCACAGCUGCAGCAUCUCAACGCAUCCGUUGCUUCGGCGCAAAAAGCAGCCCAAUAUGCGCUCAAAUACAAGGACAUGGAUGAGGACCUGCACUCAUGUAUCCUGGAGCAAGUAGAGCGGAAUAACAUGAAUACACGUGCCAAUAUCAUGUAUUUUAUUGAGCACUUCCUCGACUUGGCUCAGCGGGAUGGCCACUCGGAUUAUAUCCGCAUGAUGCAGCGUGAUAUCAUCAGAGUUGUCGAUGCUGUGGCCCCCGAUGAUGGCUCUGGAGCCGCCAAUGUCAAAGUUGUCCGCAAGGUUUUGAUAGGCCUUCAGAACAAGGGCUUUCUGGAAGACCAAGCGGUCACGCAGAUUGAGGACGUCAUCAAGGAACGCGGUACUAAUGAUGACGAUUUGGGCCUUGCAUCUCCCAACAGCGACGUUGACAUGACAGACGCUCCUGCUUCCGAGUCAAAAUCUCGGCGGCGACCCGCGACCCAUGGCUUGGAUAAGCGUCAAGUAGAGCAGCGGAUCGAGGAGGAUCGAGAACGACAUAAGCGCGAGCGCGAGAGGAUCUGGGCUGUCCCCAAGGGAGAGGACGCCGAGAUGAACAAACUGUGGGAGGAAACGAGCGACUUUGGCGAUGACGACGACCGCCUGCUGACCGAAGAGGGUGACGAUUUCACCAAGGAGAUGGAGAUACAGCAGUGUCAUCACCAACCACCGACGAAUGGCAACGGCCAUUGA